CGGUCCAGGCGCUUAAAAUCUUUGUGAAGCGAGCGGGUAUGGUCUUACAGGGCUCUGAGGUUUCUCGAUGCAACCGCGUGCAGGCGCUUUCCCGUUCCAAGGGUAGAAUGCGUCUCGUGCAGAAAACCCCGGUCUCCCUGUGCCUUGCAGAACGCCGACAGCGCAGCCUGCCGCCGAGGGCUGAACACUUGGGGUUUUCUUUGAGACCUCGUAGUCUUAUAAGGCCCCACUAAUAAGCACACUCCGCCCUGCGGCUAGUGCUAACCCUGAGGAACGUCGCUGUUGUGGGAGAGAGCCACGUAACCGUUUACUUUUAAUGUAGGGAAAAGGGCGAGUUCUCGGCCCCCGGAGACAGGGCUGGGCCGAAAGGACUUCAGGCAGGAAAGGUGGGAGUGCAGGUAUUAAAGGGCUCCCUUCAGUUUUGCCCAAGGGCGGUGCUUUGGCCCUGCGCGAAUGCACAAAGCAGUGUUUCAUGAAGAAACCCUUUUGAGUACCAGCCAGUUUUGAGAUAUACCUGGUUUGCUUUUAAUGUUACUAAAUUGUUUUGGAGAUCAUUUGGCAUUUAGCUGUGAUGUUGCUAAAGAACAUGAUGUUCAAAAUACAUUUGAAGAGAUGGAGAAACAUUUAGGUCGAGUAAAUUUCUUGGUAAAUGCAGCUGGUAUUAACAGGGAUAGUCUUUUAGUAAGAACGAAAACUGAAGAUAUGGUAUCUCAGCUUCAUACUAACCUCUUGGGUUCCAUGCUGACGUGUAAAGCUGCCAUGAGGGCUAUGAUUCAACAACAAGGAGGGUCUAUUGUUAAUGUAGGAAGCAUUGUUGGCUUAAAAGGCAAUUCUGGCCAGUCUGUUUACAGUGCCAGUAAAGGAGGAUUAGUUGGAUUUUCACGUGCUCUUGCUAAAGAGGUAGCAAGAAAGAAAAUUAGAGUGAAUGUAGUUGCACCAGGAUUCGUACACACAGAUAUGACAAAAGACUUGAAAGAAGAACAUUUAAAGAAAAAAAUUCCUCUUGGAAGGUUUGGAGAAACUAUUGAGGUGGCACAUGCGGUUGUGUUUCUUUUAGAAUCACCGUAUGUUACAGGGCAUGUUCUGGUAGUGGAUGGGGGAUUACAACUCAUUUUGUAAUUUAUAGAUUAUUCAGUUAUAGGGGUGGUUAGCAUCAGGGGCACACUUUGGCUGCAGAUUAGACAAUUAUACCUACAUGGGUAACAUUUGCUAAUCAAAUUUGCUGAUGCUACAAAUGUUAAUUUCUGUCUUUAUAAAAAUAUGUCUGAAAAGAA